CCGCAUGCGAGAAUUACAAGAACACACUUUUUGAGCGGGGACGAUGCCCAUUUUCCAUUUUCCAUUUCCCCCCUUGCCCGCGCGCGCGCGUUCUCCGCAGCGGCCGGGAAACAGGAGGAGAAAGAAGAAGAAGAAGAAGAAAAAAAGGAGCAAUUUUUCUCGGCCUCCUCCUCCUGCCCUGCGCCACUCACUCCACCCGGAUCCUGCAUGCGCACGCCGGGCGCUUCCCUCUCGGAUCGGCCAAUCGGACGCACAGAGCACUUGCAGAAGCAAGGUGGAAGCUGUGUUAAGAUUGUUUUCUAGGUCCGGUGAAUUCUGAGAGAGAUGAAGGUGCGGAGCUGUACUGUGAGAGGAAGAAAAGAGUGAAGUGGCAUCAGCUGUGGCCAUCAAGUGCCAAGGAUAUGAAGGUUGUUCCAGUGCCGCGUGCAAGAGCAGCUCCAAGAAGGCACAUAUGGAUACCAGUGAUUCUAAUUCUUGUUGCCGUCACCGUGCUAUGGAUUUACUUAUACCCUCCACAGGAUUAUACCUAUCCUGUUAGGGAUUGGUAUCCUGUUAGGGACUGGUUUCCUGCAGAACCUGCCCGGGAACUGACCGAUGAGGAGACUGCCGCUCGAGUUGUCUUUAGACAAAUCCUCUCAACGCCUCCAUUCCCAUCCAGGAACCCCAAAAUCGCUUUCAUGUUCUUGACUCCUGGCAAGUUGCCAUUUGAGAAAUUAUGGGAGUUAUUUUUUAAGGGCCAUGAAGGGAGGUACACUAUAUAUGUUCAUGCUUCACGUGAGAAACCCGAACAUGUCAGUCCUGUAUUUGUUGGCCGAGACAUACACAGUGAUAAGGUAGGAUGGGGCAUGAUUUCUAUGGUUGAUGCAGAGAGGAGGUUGCUGGCAAAGGCCCUAGAAGAUACGGACAACCAACUAUUUGUUUUGCUUUCUGACAGUUGUGUUCCCCUACACAAUUUUGACUAUGUGUACGACUUCUUGAUGGGAUCAAGACACAGUUUUCUUGACUGCUUUGAUGAUCCUGGGCCACAUGGAGUAUUUAGAUACUCGAAGCAUAUGUUGCCAGAAGUUCGAGAGAUUGAUUUUAGAAAGGGCUCGCAGUGGUUCGCAAUCAAGAGGCAACAUGCAAUGGUGGUGGUUGCGGAUAGUCUGUAUUACACAAAAUUCAGGCGUUUCUGCAAGCCAGGAAUGGAAGAGGGUCGCAAUUGUUAUGCAGAUGAGCAUUACUUGCCAACACUAUUCCUUAUGAUGGACCCUGCUGGAAUUGCUAAUUGGUCUGUGACUUAUGUUGAUUGGUCUGAGGGAAAGUGGCAUCCCAGGUCUUUCCGAGCUAAGGAUGUAACUUAUGAACUCCUCAAGAAUAUGACAUCGGUUGACAUCAGCUACCACAUAACAAGUGAUGAAAAGAAAGAGCUCUUGCAGAGGCCUUGCUUGUGGAAUGGACUAAAGAGACCAUGCUACUUGUUUGCAAGGAAGUUCUACCCAGAAACUUUGAACAAUCUCAUGUACUUAUUCUCUAACUACACCAUUUUCUAAGCUCUAACGGGAAAAUCCUCACAUAUUGGAAGCACUUGGUGCUUCAAAAUUCUUUUGUACAUCGCGGGAGAAGCAAAUUUAUUUACACUAAUUGGGUAUAGAAAUAGGGGAAGUAUUGGAUUCUACUGCAGCAAUAUUAGGGUAUUGUGGCCAUGGGUAUAGUUUAGGAUUAUAUUAUUUAAAUUUCUUAGUUUUUCAGGGUUCUUUGUCUUCCUACAAACGUUGUUCAUUCUGGCAAAUUUUGCCACUAUCAGUUUUCUCUUAUAGCCCAGUUAUAGAAUUUUGCCACUUAUCCAUGCACAAAAAAUGUGUGUAAAUGGAAUUCUAUGUAUUCUCUAUUCAUCCUGUAUGCUUGUAUUCUACAGAGGGAUAACAAAAAAGUUUUGCAAA